UUGCUUAGAGGGAGUUUCUGCCUGCCACACAAACACUGCAAACCAGCUGGCUGAUCCCUUACUGGGCUUGGGGGCUGGGAAACUCAUGCCAAGUUCCCAUGAAGGCUCAUCAGAACCAUCCAUCCAUCCCAUUGUGAUUAAGGGAGAAUGGCCAACGAGGGCCCAAUGGCUUCUCUGCCUGAAAAUGAAACUUUUGGACAUAAUAGUGAAAACAACACAGGUCUCUUCAGUCUGUAUAAUAACACACACCAGAACCAAAUACUUGGAAUUAUCUUGUCAAUAGUUGGAAGUUUCUUAAUCAGCAUCUCCCUUAACCUACAGAAAUAUACCCAUCUUCGACUCGCCAUCCAGCAAAAUCCAAUCCCUUACUACAAAAGCAAGUUAUGGUGGUGUGGAAUGGUACUGAUGGGAAUUGGUGAACUAGGAAACUUUGCUGCUUACGGCUUUGCUCCUGCAACUCUGAUUGCUCCUCUGGGGUGUGUGGCUGUUAUAGGCAGCGCCGCAAUUUCUGUUGUGUUCCUGAAAGAAAGUCUAAGAGCAUCUGAUGUCAUUGGUGGAACCCUGGCAAUUGCCGGAACAUACCUGUUAGUCACUUUUUCACCAAAUGUAUCUCAGGAGGUAACUGCCGUCAAAGUACAGAAGUACCUUGUAAGCUGGCAGUUCCUAAUUUAUCUGAUCUUAGAAAUAGUCAUCUUCUGUACCUUGCUGUAUUUCUACAAGAGAAAGGGGGUGGAUCACAUUGUGGUUUUGUUACUCCUGGUAGCAUUGCUUGCGUCUAUGGCAGUAAUUUCGGUAAAAGCCGUGUCUGGUAUGAUAACCGAAACCUUCAAGGGUAAAAUGCAACUGACGUACCCUAUAUUCUACGUCAUGUUUGUUGUAAUGGUUGCCUCGUGUGCCUUUCAGGUCAAGUUUCUAAAUCAAGCAAUGCAACUUUACAAUGCCACCGAAGUGGUGCCAAUUAACUUUGUGUUCUUUACUACAAGUGCCAUAUUUGCAGGGGUAAUAUUUUACCAGGAAUUCCAAGAUACAACAGUGUUUAAUGUAUUCAUGUUUAUUUUUGGGUGCCUUUUGUCCUUCCUUGGUGUGUUUUUAAUAGCAAGAAACCAAGAAAAACAACCCUUGCAAGAACCUUUUAUCAAUUUUGGUGACAUUCCUGCAGGGAAAGAAACUGUGGAUAAAAUCCAGCCAAAUUUAAACAGCAUUUCAUACGGGACUUUGCCUAAUUAGUUACUCAUACGGCUGCCAAAGCAGUGAGAUGAAAGCGGAAUGAAAAGCGGGUUGUCAAGAGGAAGCCAUCACAUAAAGCCCAAAAUGUGUUACUGUACUGUGUCUAAUCAUUUGUUUUUGUGUUUUUUAAUCUUGUUUUGGCAUAAGGUCAAUUUGGCAAAACAUCAUGGGAGCAUAAGUGGUCCAUGUUGCUAAUCCCUGUUCAAGAACCUGAGUAAACCUCUGUUUAAAAAUUCCAAUGUUUACGUCAACAGAGUUCCUAUACGUUGAACCCCACAGAAAUCCAUGGGGUCUCUGUUCAGAACCUGCAGGUCAUGCAGCAAGACCCCCCUAGCUCAGGAAUGAAUGCUGUCUCCAUUGUAUUGAAGGUUCCGCUUUACCUGCCGCCAGAGAGAUGUACACGGAGAAUAUACCUCUUGUUGGUUGUUGUAUACAACGUCUGUAAUAAUGUGCAGUGUUCUGAGCAACCCCCUGUUUCUCAUCAAUACACUGAGAAAUAGUUAAAUAUGCUUAUUUACACUGAAUAAAUUAUUUUUGUCACAUCA